CGAUAUAUAAUCGAUUAGUACUGAUGAUUUUUUGCGAUUUGUCUUAUUUAUUUAAUUUUACUAAUAACGUUACGUAUAAAUCUAGAUUUUUAAUUUGUAAUAAACACUAUAUCUCUUUUAUUUUCUAUAACUUUAUAUAGAUAUAAUAUUAUAUUUAUAAUGAACAGUUUCUCAGAUCCACGACGUCCCGAGAAGGAAGUUCGAUACAAACCUACGGUGUCAAGUAAUCAAGCACAACCAGGAGAUGAUUCGAUACCAGAUUACAUAAAUAUUCUAGGAAUAAUCUUCAGUAUGUGCGGUUUAAUGAUGAGACUGAAAUGGUGCGCUUGGCUAGCUCUUUAUUGUUCCUGUAUUAGUUUUGCCAAUUCUAGAGUCAGUGAUGGUACUAAACAUAUACUUAGCAAUUUUAUGUUAUCCAUAUCUGCCGUUGUAAUGUCUUAUUUACAAAAUCCACAGCCCAUGACUCCUCCAUGGGCAACAGCGAUACAAUAAAAUAUAUUAGACAUAAUUAGCAAAUUACAUUGUUUACAUUAAAUGUAUUUAUAUGUAUGUAUAUUGAAUUAGUCAUUUAUCAUUUUUUAAUAUUAAAAAAAAAAAAAGUAUUACAUAUAUAAAUUUUGUACUUCAAUAUGAUAUGCACAUCAAAGGAAUGAAUGAUAAAGUAAAA